AUGGAAGACUUCAAUCCGUGCAAACAUCAAUCUAACGUUUCUAUGGAAAGUUCAUCAGUAGUGAGGAAAGGUGGAUGGACCGAAGAGGAAGACAUACUUCUGAGGAAGUGCGUUGAAAAAUAUGGUGAAGGAAGAUGGCGUCAAGUUCCCCUCAGAGCAGUUUUCUCUUGGUUACACAGAUGGGCAUUGAUUGCUGGUAGACUUCCAGGAAGAACAGCAAAUGGUGUAAAAAAUUAUUGGAACACAAAGCUGCGAAAGAUGAUGGUUUCCAGCAAUAAAGAUGUUAAAUCAAAACCGGAACCAAAAUCAAUAACAAAAGCUACCAUAAUAAAGCCUCGACCUAGAAACUUCAAAAAUAUAAGUUGGUUGAGAGAAGGCACUCCAUAUAUCAAUGUUUGUCAUCCAUUUGGAGACGAUCUUUGCAAGCCAUAUACCACAAUGGCAUUGCCACCUUCCGAUAAUAAUGAAGUUGAAAGUAUGUGGUGGGAAGGCUUAUUAGAUGACGAAGAAAUUAAUCUAACAAGCAACAGCAGCUUUGUUGGUAAUGGGUCAGAAAUUGAUCAGGAGCCAAUCAAAAGUGUUUCUGUAGAGGAAAAUGCAAAAGGAGGGGCAAAAGUUGGGGACAUCUUCUAUGAACACGGACAAAGGAGUUGGACCGACUUCUCCUUUGAUGCGGACCUUUUGAAUCUGAUCAAUGCAGAACUUUAG